GGGCGGGAGGAGCGGGGAGGGCGCUCGCUGAUUGGGCCGGUGGCGAGGCCGCCGCUCCUGAUUGGACGGAGGAGGGCGCCCCUUCUCCCUCCCCCUCGGGCCGUUGCCCCGACGUUGUUGGCGUGGGCCGCGGCGCGGUUUCUCGGCUCGAUCCCUCCCAGCCUCCCGGCCGCCGCCGCCGGCGCGAUGUCCGUCAACCCGAUGACCUACGAGACGCAGUUCUUCGGCUUCACGCCCCAGACGUGCCUGCUGCGCAUCUACGUGGCGUUCCAGGAUUACCUGUUCGAGGUGAUGCUGACCGUGGAGCGGGUCAUCCUGAAGCGGCUGGAGGCCGCGCCCGGCGGCGGCGAGGGCGGCGGGGUCAGCCCGGUCCAGAUCCGCAAGGGCACGGAGAAGUUCCUGCGCUUCCUCAAGGAGCGCUUCGACGGGCUGUUCGCCACCCUGGAGACGGUGCUGCUGCAGCUGGUGCUCCGCGUCCCGGACCACGUGCUGCUCCCGGAGGACCGGAGCCACGCGCGCCACCCGGGAGGCCGCGAGGAGCUGGCCCGGCUCCGGGAGGAGGCGGACCGGCUGCGGGGCCGCUACGAGGCCGAGGCGCGCGCCGGCCGGGCCCUGAUGGCCGAGCUGGAGGAGCAGCGGGCCGCCCGGGCCCAGCUGGAGAAGACGCUGCGCUGGUUCGACGGGCUGGAGGGCGCCUGGCGGGAGCACGGCGGCGGGGACCCGCGGGAGAGCCUGGCCUUCCUCCGCCGCGGCGCCCACCGGCUCCGGGACGUCGUCGGGGACGUGGAGAGCAAGGGCCGGAGGCUCGAGUCGGCCUGACCACCCGCCCCGGCCGGACCCCCGCCUCGCCCGGGACGGAGGGCCUGGACCGCCCUCGCCUUCCCCGUUCGGAUCCCGGUGGUGGCGGCGGCGGCGGCGGCGGCGGCUCGAGGCCCGCCCUCCCCCUCGGGUCCCGGGCCGGGAGGUUCGGGAAGGGGCCCGGAGCACGGCGCGGGAAAGCUCCCGGCGGGGCCGCCGACGGGGAGGGCUUUCCAGUCCACGCCGGGGGGCCGGCCUGCGGAAGACGGACCGGGGGUCGCCCGCGGAGAUUCGCUCUUCUUCUCCCACGGAGGUGAACCGGGAGUCACGGCAGACCUACCGGACGCGUUCAGCCCCGGCCUCGGGACAAGGCGAAACCUCCGGGGACGCCCGCCGAGUCACGGCGGACCCACCGGACGCUUCGGCCCCGGCCUCCUCCCGGGGCUCGGACGGCCCGUGUUUGAUCUAUCAUCGCAAAAUUGUUUCCUCUACCCCCACCCCGGUUACCGUUUGUACUCUGGUUCACCUGAGAAGCUAAAGUGUUGGGGAAAUGUGUGUUCAUUUUUGCAGCUGCGGCCUUUUUAAUAAUAAUGUUAAUGGUAGUUGUGUUUCGUGCCUACUCUGUCCUGCGGCCUUGGGGGGAUUCAGGAUCAUCCAGUCUCCCUCCAUCAGAGGUUUCACGGUCUAAGGCGGGGGUGUCUCA